GGGGCUUGGCGCCCCGAAGGAAGGCAGAGGUCCGGCCCCGGAGCUGCGGCCCAGCGAGAUCCCGGGAAGCGUCCCCACCGCAGGCCCCGGAGGCCGGGUCGCGGGGAGCCGGGCGCGGGUCCCCGGCGGUUGCGCUGAGGGAGCCCCGAGGGGGAGCGCCAUGAGGGCGGACUCGGGGCUUCGGCCGGAGGCCCACCCGCGUCCUCCACGAGCCCUUCCACCUGUGCCAAGUGCUAAUCAAGAUGAUAUUCCACUUAGUCGUCCAAAGAAGAAGAAACCCAAAACAAAAACCACCCUAGGUAGUGCUUCUUUGGAAGGCUUUGUUCAGGCUUCCGUUCACGGGCCAUCUGAGGGCAGUGAGCCACCAAGUAAAGAAUCCACAGAGCACCCAGAAGAAGCUCCUGUUCAAAGGAGACAGAAGAAGACAAGGCUACCUCUUGAAUUGGAGACUUCUUUAACCCAAAAGAAAACAUCUGGCUCAUCUUUAUUACGGAAUGAAAAUGGCAUUGAUGUGGAGCCAGCUGAGGAGGCAGUUAUUCAAAAACCUCGAAGAAAGACAAAGAAAACCCAGCCAGCAGAAUUACAAUAUACCAAUGAACUAGGAGUAGAAGAUGAGGACAUAAUUACUGAUGAGCAAAGUGGUCCAGAACAACAGUCUAUAUUCACUGCACCCACUGGCAUUAGCCAGCCUGUAGGCAAAGUGUUUGUGGAAAAAACCCGGCGAUUCCAGGCUGCUGAUCGUUCAGAGUUGAUAAAGACCACAGAAAAUAUCGAGGUGUCAAUGGACAUGAAGCUUUCCUGGACAACCAGAGAUGUUGCACUCUCAGUGAACCGGGCUUUCAGGAUGAUUGGUCUCUUUUCUCAUGGCUUCUUGGCUGGCUGUGCCGUGUGGAACAUUGUUUUCAUAUAUGUGCUAGCAGGAGAUCAGCUUUCUGACUUCUCAAACCUUCUGCAGCAGUACAAGUCUUUGGCAUAUCCAUUCCAGAGUCUUCUCUACUUGCUUUUAGCUCUAAGUACUAUUUCAACUUUUGACAGAAUUGAUUUUGCUAAAACAUCAGUAGCAAUCCGAAAUUUUCUUGCCCUGGAUCCAACAGCUUUAGCCUCUUUCUUGUACUUUACUGCUCUUGUGUUGUCUCUGAGUCAGCAAAUGACAAGUGACAGGAUCCACCUUUACACACCCUCCUCUGUUAAUGGUAGCCUCUGGGCAGCAGGUGUUGAGGAACAGAUUCUUCAGCCCUGGAUUGUGGUGAAUCUCGUGGUGGCCCUUCUGGUUGGACUAUCUUGGCUUUUUUUAUCUUAUAGGCCAGGCAUGGAUCUUAGUGAAGAGUUGAUGUUCUGCUCAGAUGUGGAAGGAUAUCCUGACCAAGCUAAAGGACUCAAAGUGUCUUCAUAAUGCCAGCUCAUCUUCAGUGUAGUACUGGCCUAGUAUUUUUCCUAUUCUUGUUUUUAAAUGCAUUUUCAUGUACAGGUGUAUUUGAAAUUGAUUUUUUUUUUAAAUUUUUAUUUAUUUAUGAUAGUCACAGAGAGAGAGAGAGAGGCAGAGACACAGGCAGAGGGAGAAGCAGGCUCCAUGCACCAGGAGCCCGACGUGGGAUUCGAUCCCGGGUCUCCAGGAUCGCGCCCUGGGCCAAAGGCAGGCGCCAAACCGCUGCGCCACCCAGGGAUCCCCUGAAAUUGAUUUUUUGAUUGUAUGGUACUGAAAAUUUUCUCAAGAUUAUGAAAAAUGUUAAAACUUGUAUCUGCAAUUCAUACCCAAAUGUUAAUCUGUCUAGUAUUGUCAUCUUAAAGACAAAGGAGGUAAUGAGCUAGAAACCAGCAGGUGAAAGUGUUUAUUUCCUGUUCUCUCAAAUGAGUUGCAUUUAUAAUCAUUAUUGUAAAAAGCUGUAUUAUAGAAAAAGCCAUUACUUAGUGUUACAAAAUAUGUAUCAGGUUUAACCAUAAAAAGUAGGGAAUAGGAAAGAAAGGGACAAAAGGCCUUUAUUUUUAAUUCUCCUUACUGAAUAAAUUAAAAUAUGAAAUUUGUCUUUUUUCAAACUGGCUUGGUGGUUGUGGUUAUGUAUCAUGUAAGAAGUAUAAUGUAAUUUAACUUGAAAGAUGAUUUACUUCAUGACUAAUAAAAAUAAAAUGUACCUUU